AUGGCUACAGGAACGGUCAACCCUUCCUCUACUAGUGAGGUCCGGGGUUCCUCCAUUCCCUCGAAGAGAUCCGACGCGAAGUCUGACGACCUUCAUGAACGAGAAAAACAAAUGGUAGCUUCGGUCCGACCGCCAAACCAGCGACAUAUGAGCCCUUUCGUCAUCACCGAACGGCCGGAGGAGAAGCACCUCGGGAUAUCCACCCGUAGCCUGACGGUAGACGACUUUGCUCUGCUGAAGACCCUGGGUACAGGCACUUUCGCUCGGGUAUGGCUGGUGAGAAUGAAGGAUGAAGUGCAGCGGAGGGAUAAAGUCUACGCGCUCAAGAUCCUACGCAAGGCGGAUGUGAUCAAAUUGAAGCAGGUCGAACAUGUACGCAACGAGCGAAAAACACUCGCAGCGGUUUCCGGCCACCCCUUUGUCACAACGCUAAUAGCCACGUUCUCGGACGACCAAAGUCUGUAUAUGCUGCUCGAUUACUGCCCCGGAGGCGAAAUAUUUAGCUAUCUACGACGUGCGCGACGAUUUAACGAGAACACCUCCAAAUUCUACGCGGCCGAAAUCGCGCUGACGAUCGAGUUCCUCCACGACGUCGAAGGAAUCGUUUACCGUGAUUUGAAACCCGAGAAUAUCCUCCUGGACGCCGAUGGACAUAUCAGACUGGUCGACUUCGGAUUUGCCAAACAAGUAUGCGAUCGCGAAACGUAUACGCUAUGCGGCACGCCGGAAUACCUCGCCCCCGAGGUCAUUCACAAUAGCGGACACGGGCUCGCGGUGGAUUGGUGGGCAUUGGGCAUUCUGAUAUACGAGUUCCUGGUUGGGCAACCUCCGUUCUGGGACCAAAAUCCAAUGCGGAUCUACGAACAGAUUGUCGAAGGCCGACUGCGCUUUCCCCAAGGCAUGUCGCCCGCAGCCCAGAACAUCAUCUCGUUACUCUGCAAGACGAAUCCAACGGAGCGACUCGGAUACAUAUCCGGCGGAUCUGCUCGGGUCAAAGCUCAUCCCUUCUUCGAGGACAUCAACUGGGAUGAUCUGUUCUACCGUCGCAUCAAGGGACCAAUCAUUCCGAGAGUCGACCAUCCGGCCGACACAGGAAACUUCGAAGAGUACCCCGACCCCGAUUCCAAGGCAACGGCGGUCUACACCGACGAGUUGAGGAAAAAGUACGAAGUUUUGUUCAGCGACUUUUGA